AUGAAAUGGAUUGUUAAAAAUUGUGGUCUCAGUUUGCGUAUGAGCUAUUACCAACCGCUGAUUCUUCGGCUGGAAGUCAAGAACGGUGCAGGUCAAAUAUCGUUUAACGAAUCUUCAAAACUUGAUGUCGAACAGUCUCCGUCAACUAUAGAAAGGAACAGAAGACGGAUCAUGUCUGGCCUCAAGAAGCGCAGUCCUCCAGUUGGAGACAUUUCGCAACCGCUUACGAAUUUUCGUGGCCGUCGUACGUAUUCUGAAGUUGUAGUGGAGUCCCUUGAAGGUGACAAAUGUAUUGACGGUGCGAGCUGUACUUCCGACGCCGAACACCCGCAAUCAUCCCGACUCUCCAGAGCCGAUUCCGACCUACAGGUUCCCGACACGGUGACUUACUACUACGGAAAUCCUUUUGUGGAAAAAACUGAGGGAAUUCUUCAUUUCUUCAAGUAUAACGAUGAACGCUUGGGUCGAGAGGUUCACUGCCGAAUGCUCUGUAUGCUUGCUGUGCCAUCGCAAAUCACGCUUAGAGAGAUCCUUCUCUUCAUAGGUCCCGGAAUGCAGACGAUAGAACGAAUAAAAAUUAUAAGAGACUCGACGCCGAACGAAUACAUGGUCAUUCUGAAAUUUAAAACCCAUAAUGACCUCGUUGGUUUUACGACGAGUUUAAUGGGACGCAGUUCAAUAGCUUGGAACCAAACCGGUGCGUCCGAGGACGAAGUUGCAACACUGUGCUCGAGUUCGGCGACGUCAAGUGAUGGAGCUGGUUCAUCAACCUGCCUCACUGAACUGCCCACGUGUGCUGUGUGUUUGGAACGCAUGGAUGAUAGCGUAGUUUCCAUCCUUUGCAAUCAUACGUUCCAUGCUGGCUGCAUUGAACAGUGUCCGGUAUGUCGUUACAUUCAAACCCCGGAACUUGUGGCCGAGCAACGCUGUUCAAUUUGUGGACAAAGUUCGGACCUGUGGAUAUGUCUCAUUUGUGGGAAUAUUGGUUGUGGUCGUUAUGCUGAGGGACAUGCCUACAGGCAUUUUGAAGUUACAUCGCACACCUUCUGCUUACAAGUUGGAGGCCAGAGAGUGUGGGACUAUGCUGGAGACAACUAUGUCCACCGGCUCAUACAAUCGGACACCGAAGGAAAAGUUGUAGAAUACCAAAGGGGUGAUCGCGAGGCAGAAUCCGAUGAGAAAAAGGAGAAGUUGGACGGAAUAAAACUGGAAUACACAUGUUUACUAACCAGCCAGCUGGAAAGUCAAAGAAUGUAUUUUGAGAUCGAUGAUUUGGAAACGAAAUUAUCGCAGUCUACGAACGAGUGUAAAGAGCUACGAAAGGAAGUGCAGGAAGCGACGGCAACGAAGCAAGCGAAUGAGAAGAAACAUUCUCAGACGGUUAACAAGCUUGCAAAGGU